CAGCGCGUCGCGAUUCACGAAACGUUGGAAACUUGAAAGUUCAAUCUUCACUCAAGUUGCGACUUGACUUCCAGCAAAUCCAACACUUACUGGAACAUCCCUAGUCAACCUUCAUGAAAAUGGCUUCAGACAAUCCUUGGUCGACGCCGUCCAACGACGCGCUGCUUCUGUCGCUCGUAGCUCCGUCCCCCACCGGCGUCAAGACCAUCGGCCACAGCUUCCACCCGAAAUUUUCAUACAGUAUAUUUGGAGAGGAUGAGAUCAUAUUUGGGUAUCAGGAGCUCGAGAUCAACCUCCGGUUCAAUGCGAGCGACAUGCGGCCGAACCUCUCAGUUACCUACAGCAAGAAGUUCCCCGCCGUAGGAGAAGCAGAACCGACCGACAUCCACGGCAUCCUGCGUGAACUUAUGCCGGAUGUUGCAUUUCAAAGUAAGGGCGAUUAUGAGACAGCAAUCAAGACUCUCCGAAAAGACUGGACACCUCCCGGCGAGCUGGCGGCCACCUUCCUUGCACAAGGCAACACGUUUGAGGUCUGGAAGGGAAAUUUGGCCGACACCGCUGUCAAGCAGCUGGUCAAGCGCAUUCAGAUACUUGUUCCGCUUUUCAUCGAAGCGGGGACUCCGAUCAACCUCGACGACCCAGAGGUGAACCAGUGGACGGUCUUCUUCCUGUACCAGAAGAGCGCAGCGGCCGGUGAUGCGAGCAGCAACCCCUAUACCUUCGCGGGCUACGCCACGGCAUAUCGCUUUUUCUUCCUCCGGCUACCCACGCCACCUCUCUCCCCGUCAGAGAGCGACGUCGAGAAGGCGGUGCUCAGCCAAGACUUCGAUCUAUCCCGCCUCCCCUGCCGCACUCGAAUCGCCCAGUUCAUUAUCCUCCCGCCUUUCCAGCAAAAGGGGCUAGGUCCGAAGCUGUACAGCCACAUAUUCAAGGAGUACAUCAACCACCCGCAGACGGUCGAGAUUACCGUUGAAGACCCCAACGAAGCCUUCGACGACCUUCGCGACAUCGCAGACCUCCAGUAUCUGCGCCAGCUGCCCGAUUUCCAGCAGCUGCGCAUCAACACAGACGUCGUCAUCCCCAAGACCGGCCCCGCGCCGGACAACAUCGUCAAGAAGGCCGCGUACGACGCGGUGCGCGCCAAGGCCAAAAUGGCCCCGCGCCAGUUCGCGCGCGUCCUUGAGAUGCACCUUAUGUCACAGCUGGCCGACUCCGUGCGGCCUGGGAUCAACUUCCCGGAGGAAGAAAAGAAGGUCACGUCAGCAAAGGCCACCAGGGAGCAGGAGCACGAGUACCGGCUGUGGAGGUUGAUGCUUAAGAAGAGGCUAUACCAGCACAACCGGGACGCGCUGGGCGAGCUGGAGAUUCCGGAUCGGAUUGCCAAGCUGGACGAGACGGUAUCGAGCGUCGAAUUUGACUACGCUCGCCUGCUCGCCAAGGCGGAAGAUCAGCAAGAGAAGGAGGCUGCUGCGAACGGGUUGGCUGCGAACGGGAAGCGCAAGGCGGAGGAGGAUGCUGAGGAGGCGUCGGCGAGUAAAAAAGCGAGAGUUGAGGACGCCUAGUGGUGUGUUCGGAGUUAGUCAUUGGCAUUUCCUGGGUACGCCGGGCGUUAUGGUUACCCGACCGGUAAUGAGCAUUGACUCCGGAUUACGGUACUUUAUUGUUGCACGUAUCGUCUGGUUGUGUGUACACUACGGCGUUUGGCGAGGGCAGUAUUGGUUUACUCGGGCGGUACGCCGUUCGAGUUGCAAGGGACAAUCUGCGGCUGAAAGAAGAUUUUCUUUAUCCGUGGACAUUGAGAACCGUGUUUGUGUCAACCCAUUUUUACAAAGCCCCCCAGCGGAACCGAACAAGGCCAUAUGUACUUCCACCCCCCGCUGCAUUAUUGGAACUGAUUACUCGGGAACCUGGUCCCGUUCACCCCCCGCUGCAUCAUUGGA